CUCCCAGUGCGAAACCAUUUCAGCCAAUCAGCAAACGGCGUUGUCACAGUUAAAUUUGCAUGACGUUACUACAAGAUCACAACAUGCGUCCUUCAGGGUCAUUAGCUUGACGAACUCUAGUCACAAUGCCUGAGCCACAAGCAAAGUCUGCGCCCAAGAAGGGCUCUAAGAAAGCCGUCACUAAGGCACCCGGCAAGGGCAAAGGAAAGAGAAGAAAGGCCAGGAAGGAGAGCUAUGCCAUCUACGUGUACAAGGUGCUGAAGCAGGUCCACCCUGACACCGGCAUCUCGUCCAAGGCCAUGAGCAUCAUGAACUCCUUUGUCAACGACAUCUUCGAGCGCAUCGCGACUGAGGCUUCUCGUCUGGCUCACUACAACAAGAGAUCCACCAUCUCUUCUAGGGAGAUCCAGACUGCCGUGCGUCUCCUGUUGCCUGGUGAGCUGGCUAAGCAUGCUGUGUCUGAGGGCACCAAGGCUGUCACCAAGUACACCAGCUCCAAGUAAAUUGCUCUCUCAAUUUACACAACCAACGGCUCUUUUAAGAGCCACACACUUUUACAAAAGACUAAUUCCUGCACAAUGUGUGACUGAUUAUUGUUCACUUUAUGGAAAUUCACAGUUAAAGUGUGUACAAUUGACUCAUGUGCCUGUUAGAGUGUCACAAUCCAGGUGUAGUAAUGGCCGUUUAUCACAUCCAGGGUGGUUCAGCAUUCUCUAGAGUUUUGAUUAUUUCAUUCGGUGACAGCUCAGAAAAAACGCUCUUCUGCAUAAAUCUGUAAACUCAUAGUAUGGGCAUUUUAAUAAUACCGUCAAAAUGCACAAUGGGCAUGAGUAAAAUGCAUGUGUGUGUAUAGACAAAUUAAGCCCCUGGAAUUAUAAUCUAAACAUGUCAAUUAUCAAUACCAUUCUAUCAAAGUUUGUCUAUAUCUAAAUUU